UAUUGGGUAUAUAUGAUAUCACUUUCUUGCAGAAUUAGCCUUCUUCCUUCAAUUCUUCCAUACUAGCACCAGAACUCAUAGCAUUCAUACUAAUCAUAUUCACAAGCAAUCUUUUUCAACUUUUCUUCUUAUUAAUUCCCCUUGGCGGAGUAGUACUAAUAAUCCUUUCUCUCCAUACAAACCAUUAUGAAAUUAUUCUUAUGAUCUACAAAUAUGCAUGUGAACCCCACAUAAUAAUUGAUUAAACCAACAAUAUCAUUAUUUCUUUCAAUGGCUUGUGAUAAUAACAACUUCCCUGAUGUGUUUUCUUGGAUUCAGAACCUUAAACCAAUAUCUGAAUGGGAAACAGAUUCCAUGUCCAUAACCAUAUCUUCUUCUUCUUCUUCUUCAUUCCAAGAACCAUAUCUUAAGCUUACAAUACCCAAAAACUAUAAUCAUCAUAACCAAUCCUCACUCUCUUUUGCUAUCAUUGCAGAUUUCAACAACAUCCACAUCCCUCUUUGGAACUCAAAACCAAUGAAACCUAACAACAAUAACUUAUUAUUACUGGAUCAAGAAACAAUUUCAGAUCUCUUCAUCAAUUUCAUUCAGGCAAUUCUCCACUAUGGAUCCAACAAGAACAGCCCUUUCAUCAGGUUCCCGAAACUCGAUUACAUCCCAAACUUCUCCGAAAUAUUCAACGUCUCCUUCUUCACUCUCUCCUUCCUCGUCUCCAUCUACGAAGCGCCGGCGAAUCUUCGCUCCGGAUCGAUCCAGACUCUGAAGGGUUACUUGACAAGCAAUCAACAAAGCGAGGCCUCGAAUUUGCUCAUGAAACUGCUGGGAUCAAACUUGGAAGAACAAUGGAUGCGGUCCGUGAACCUUGGGGUCACGAAUUGGAUUGGGGAGAUGCAAGAAACGGUUAAAGAAAAGAUUAUGAGGAUGCCGUGUUCUUUGUUCUCGCAUUGGUUUUCGACGUAUGGGUUAUGGAAGGUGCAACUGUAUUGUCCUGUUAUAGUUAUGGAUAUUGAGAGUUCAUCAAAGAGUCAUUUGCCGAAUGAGAAGCUUCAAUUCUCUCUCAAGUAUCACCAGCUUCAAGGUGUUAUUCAGUUCAAUUACAGUGUCUCCAUCAAGGACAAGUGGGUUGAAAUUGUCGCCAACAUUGAUAACAUAAGGUAUUCAAUAUUAAUAAUACUCACACCAACUCUACAAACCCAAGUAUUAAGUGUCUCCGUUGGAAAAUCCUCAGAUAAUCCAACAAGAGAAAUUGGUACGGAAAAAAACAUAGAAGCCUCAUUUGACCCACCAAAUCCCUUGGGGCUCAAGGUAUCCGCCGGCGAAUCCAUGACCGUUAGUUUAAAGCCAUGGAAAUUUGAGGAAUCCAUUUACGGCUACAGCGCCAAUUUAAAUUGGUUCCUUCACGAUAGCAUGGAUGGUAAGGAGGUUUUUUCGUCCAAGCCUUCGAAAUUCGCUCUGAUUAACCCUAAGUCAUGGUUCAAGAACCGGUACUCUAGAGCUUAUAGACCGUUCACUAGGCAAGGAGGUGUUAUUUUUGCUGGUGAUGAAUAUGGAGAUAAAGUGUUAUGGAAAGUGGAGAAAGAUGCUAUUGGGAAAACUAUGGAGUGGGAGAUAAGGGGUUGGAUUUGGUUAACUUAUUGGCCUAACAAGCACAAAACUUUCUACAAUGAAACUAGGAGGUUUGAGUUUGGAGAAAUAGUCCAUCUCCAUGUUGCUUAGCUUUAGCGUAUAUGAUUUCUUCAAUUUAAUUUCUAUUGAUUAUAGAAACUAACUAGAUUCACUAGUUUGGAUGGGGUCAGAGUGAAACAAGUGUAUUAUUAUCAUUAUUUGAAAAAUGUUGUAAUAAGUAGAUUCCUCUAUUUCAAUAAAUGACAAAACGUCACA